AUUUAUGUCUCGCGUCAGGAGUCACUAUUUUCUCCCUGGUGACGACACGCUGCUGCCGCUCGCUUCCCGUCUUCCUCGACUUCAUUUCCGUCCUCCUUCCCCAAACAAGUCCCAUGGCUGGGAUCUAAUGGUUGACAUGCUUCUUGAUUCCCUUAUUGCUACUGUUUGUAUGAUCAUAUCCAACCUCAUACAUGCUUUGUGGAAAAUAAUAGACUCUGACCCUAUUGAUUUGGGAGGACAGAGAGACUUUCUGCAGGAUUACAUGGAGGAAUUGAGCUCCAGACAGCUGGCAGUCAAACAGCUAAAGGAGAAGUUCCUGAAGGCCCUGCAGGAAAACAAUGCUGAGGAAGUCCUGCAGAUUCUGAACACUGGCAAACUUGAUAUUGACACAGUGCUGGAGGUGGAGGAUCCCAAUAUGGCAUUGGCCUCUUAUAAACAGGGAUACUGGCUGCCAGGCUACAAGCUGGAGAAAUCCUGGGCGAUGGGUAUCCAUUUGUGUGUGAUGUACAACGCCGUGGAAACAGCGCUGGUCCUCCUCCAGAAAGGUGCGGCCAUCAACCACAUGCCCAAUGGGAAGACGCCCCUGCAUGUGGCCUGCGAGGUCUCCAACAGCGACUGUGUGGCCCUGCUCUUGACUUAUGGGGCAAAGGUCAACAGCCUGUCGCUGAGUGGUCACACUCCUUUGCACUACUGCAUCACCAGGGAGUCUGUGGAGUGUGCCAGGCAGCUCAUCCUCAAAGGUGCAAAGGUCAACACAGCCAGCCACAACAACGAGGAGGACACGCCUUUGCACACAGCUGCCAGAUUUGGGGUUCCAGAACUGGUGGCGUUGCUUCUGACGCACGGGGCCUCCGUGAACGCCCUCAACGCUCUCCAGGAGACCCCCUUAAUGACGGCAGCCUUUUGGGCUUACGACUCCAAGGAGCAAGUCUACAGCCAAGAUCAUCAUUUCGUUUGUCGCCUUCUGCUGGACCACCAAGCGGACCCCAACCUGAAGGAAGAGGAUAAUAAAACAGCUCUCCACAUGGCAGCCUGGAACUGCGAUCACGUCCUGAUGCAGAUGCUGCUGGAGGCUGGAGCGGAUGUUCGAGCCAUGGACAUCAACGGAUGUGCUCCCAUUCAAUACGUCCUCAAAGUGACUGGAGUCAGGCCUAUGGCCAUUCCUGAGGUCUGCUUUCAGCUUCUGCUGAACUAUAACGCGGCGCGGAUCUAUCCUCCGCAGUUCCACAAGGUACUGCAGUCCUGCUAUGACUACCCCCAGGUUGUAGAAAUUUUGGUGAACUCCUAUGAACAUUUAAAACCUACAAGAAAGUGGAGAGCGGCUAUUCCCGAUGACUGCUAUGAGCGACAUAAAGACUUCUACGACUCGAUGUUUGCCGUUUGCACCAACACGCCACGCAGCCUGCUGCAUCUCACCAGAUGUGCCGUCAGAGCCGGACUGCGAGGGUUUUGUCAGCAAGGAGUCGAUCAGUUACCUCUGCCAUCGACUAUGAAAAAAUAUUUAUUGUUAGAACCUGAGGGCAUACUUUACUGAUGAAGAGGCUUUUAAAAAUAUUUAGCUAUGUUGCUGGGAUGAUGAUUUUUAUGAAAGAAGGUUUAAAUCUGAUAAUGUUUCUGUUUGUAUCUAUGAAUGUAAUGACCAAUGAGGAAAUCGAUCCCCUUUCUUUGAUUCUUUCACCUCCCUGCUUUAAUGGGCCUUUUUUAGUUUGGCCUGUACUCAUUUUCAGUUAUCCUUUUCCUGCCUUAUUUUUCAGCAGUGUUGACCAAUGUGGCUUCAGGCUGAAAGCGCAGCAACACGCUGACAAGGAUCCAGCGCUACCCAGCAACUGGCUAGGCCCAGUUCGCACUCUCAAUCUCAUGAUAUUCCUAUUUCAGCACAGCACUCUCGACUGAUCACUUCACAAUAAGUGUUUGUUUUUCCACCGGGCUGCAUGCCCGGUGACCAGGCCUGUUUCUUUUUUUUUUUUUCUCCAGUUUUCUCACCAACAAAAAGUUCAUCUGUUCAACCUCCCUCUUCAAAACAUGUUCCAGUUAUCCAUACCGAAAACUGUUCCAUGUUAGAUAUACUAUCAGAUAAGG